AUGGAUUCUUCUUCUUCAAACACAACAACUGAUCAGACGUAUUUAACGGAGGAUUUUUUGUAUGAGAUCUUUCUUCAUCUUGAUAUUGAUUCAAUCUUCAAAUUCAAGUGUGUUUCUAAGGUAUGGUUAUCUAUUUUAUCGAACCCUAAUUUCAUUAACAGGUGGUAUAAAGUCAACACUUCAUUAUGGGCAUUAGUGCAUGCUAGUGCCACCGAGGGAAACUUAAAGAACUUAAAAGUCACGUUAUCACAUCCUGAAUCGAAUUCACAAUUUAUAUGUCAUCAUCAAACUGGGUUCUCUUUUGGAUUCUUAGAUCAAAAACAUGACUUGUCGAAUACGAAAUUAACAGAUGGACUUUUGAUUAUAGGGUCUAGCAAUGGUUUGGUUCUCUGCGCAACAAGUUAUUUUAAUCAGAAGACUUAUUAUGUUUGUAAUCCACUCACUAAGAAAAGUGUUUUACUCCCACCACCACCGAAAGAACAAAUGAUUGUUCAAACUGGUUUCACAUGCGACGAAUGUUGUUUUUCAUCAUCGCUAGGUUAUAAGGUUAUUCGUUUGCCGGUUUUUCAUUGUGCAACCACAUUCAAUGUUGAGAUAUUUUCUUCUGAUUUGGGUGAAUGGAAUGUCCAUGAUGUUUUAUGUCCUCCGGAUGUUACUUGGAGUUCCCCCCGAUAUGACAAUCUUGUUAGCCAUAAUGGUACUUCUUACUGGAUGCAAAAGACAAGUAACAAGAUUCUAGCUUUCAGUGCACAUGUUAAUAAACACAACAACCAUGGAACUUAUGGUAUUGACAGUAAGUUGAUUGAACUCCCUGAACUACCGAUGGAUGAUGAGAACAGGUAUUUAAGUCAAUGUCUAGGGGAAUCAGAGGGAUUUAUCUGUUACGCUAUUGUCAGAUAUACACAGAGGAGUUUGAGUGUUUGGGUACUCGAUGAAGACUGGUAUUUGCUGCACAAGGAUAUCAAAUUUUGUGAUGUGUUAGCACAAAUGAAACCUUCCCUUAUCGGAGUAGAAAGUUCGGAUGAUUUGAUUAGCGAUAUUCAAGUUUUAGGUUUCAACCCGGUUGAUAAAAACGUGGUUAUACUCCACUACGACAAGUAUCUUUGUGCUUACAACAUGAAAACCAGGGGAUAUCAAAAGCUCUUUCAUCCUUCUUUCCUGGGUGGAAAUCUUUCAGUUCCUGGAAGGGGUUUCUCAACGUUUAUUUUAGGGAAGAUUAUCUACAUGCCCCUAGUAUGA